GAGCUUCUGGUCCUGCUCCGGCUGCCCUCACCCGACGGGAAGAUGAGGAUCUCUGCAGCUGUUUUUGCUCUUCUCCUCAUUGCAGCCUCUUUCUCCCAGACUUUCUCUGGCCCGGCUGGACCUGACCAUCCGAUCUGCUGCGUUUCUUACGCACGCCACAGGCUCCCGCAGAAGCUCAUUGCGCAUUACUACAGCAGCAGCACCGCUUGCACCCUGCCCGCCAUCGUGUUCGUCACAAAGAAAGGCCGCCAAGUCUGUGCCAACCCCAGCGACCCCUGGGUCCAGACGUACCUGCAGAACUUGACGCAGAACUGA